AUGUCGCAACCGGCGAACAAUCUCAAUGGACGUUGCAAGCCGGGGAGCGUUGUCAUCUCGGGUGUAUCCGGCUCUUUCCCACGGGCGCGCCACGUCAAAGAAUUAUCAGACAUCUUGUACAACAAGGUGAACCCAAUCUCACACGACGAGCUCCGUUGGAACUACAACCACCCCGAGGUUCCGCAGCACGUCGGUCUGAUCCCAGACCUGGACAAGUUCGACGCCCAGUUCUUCAAGGUGUCGUACCGUCUAGGGGUCAACAUGGACCCUAUGUCGAGGACUAUACUUGAACAUACUUACCAGGCUAUUUACGACGCAGGUGUUAAUCCUCAACAAUUGUCUGGGAAAAAGAUCGGCGUUUACAUCGGUAGCUGUUUGUCGGAAACCGAGAAAAUUGGACUAUACACAUACGGGAAAACUGGACUUGGUAUUGUUGGAUGCAACAAAUCAAUGUUCGCGAAUCGGAUCUCGUACUGGCUGAAUAUUAAAGGGCCGUCUCAAGCCAUCGACGGCGGGUGCUGCAGCUCGGCCGUCGCGCUGGAGCAAGCUUGCCAAGCGAUGGCGCACGGCGCCUGCGACGGGGCCAUCGUUGGUGGGUGCAACCUGUGCUUGCAUCCGCAGACUUCUGUUCACUUUGGCAGAAAUAUAAAAUUAUGCAAAGAUGGUAAAACAAAAUCGUAUGACAAAGCAGCGGAUGGGUGCGUCAAAUCUGAAGCCAUAAGCGUACUGUUUUUACAGAGAGCCAAAGACGCUUUAAGAAUUUACGCCGAAGUCGUAUCCGCCAAGACAGCAUAUUCAUCGCUCGACAAUACUGGCACCUUCAAGCGGACUCCGGAAGAAAUCACAAGAUUUUUAAAGGAGUUUUACGAUGGAAUAAAAGUAUCGCCACGGGAUGUCGACUACGUCGAAGGAUUUGGUGCAGCUGACUUGGACACCGACGAGGCAGAACUAGUGGCCAUAGAUAAUGUUUUUAGCCCGGGUCGCACCGAGCCCCUUUACGUCGGCAGCGUCAUGUCAAACGUGGGAUAUUGCGAGUCCGCGUCGGGCGUAGCGGCGAUCACUAAGGUUCUUCUAGGCUUCCACACUGGUAUUCUAGCAGGCAACCUGCACUACACUCAGCCGCGGGAUGAUGUGGCGGCGUUGCGUGACGGUCGGAUUAGGAUCCUGAGCGACCACAAGCCCGCAGGCCCGUACGUCGCCGUCAACGGUCUGUCGGUGACUGGCGUCAACUCACAUGUGCUUCUACGAGGACAUUACAGCGCUAAGGACUUGACCAAAUAUCGGAGCUCUAUUCCACGAUUGGUGUUGCUUUCGGCCCGUACGGACUCUGCUGUACAAAACAUAAUCAAUGACUUGAAGUCACGGCCUAUAGACGCUGAAGAGUUGGCGCUGAUCCAGAAUAUACACUCUUCGAAAAUAAAUGGCCAUCUGGGCAAAGGAUUUGCUGUCUUGGAUACAGACAAAGAAUGUAAAACGAUGAGCUUGUGUGAACGGGCUGCAUACUUCGACGGCGGCUCUCGGCCCCUGUGGUUCGUGUACAGCGGCAUGGGCUCGCAGUGGAGCGGCAUGGGCGCGCAGCUCAUGCGCAUACCCAUCUUCGCUGCUGCUAUUGAACGCUGUCGACGAGCACUGGAACCGAAGGGCAUCGAUAUUGUCCACAUCAUAACUUCGCCAGAUGAAUCGAUCUACAACAACAUUCUUCACUCAUUCGUGGGUAUUGCUGCCGUCCAAAUUGGCCUGACUGAUAUCCUCUUGCAACUGGGAUUGGUUCCGGAUAAGAUUAUAGGCCACAGCGUGGGUGAGCUGGGAUGCGCCUACGCAGAUGGCUGCUUAACGGCCGAGGAGAUGAUUCUGUCUGCCUACAGCCGAGGUCUCGUCUCCAUCCAAACACCCUUCAUACGUGGCGCCAUGGCCGCCGUUGGUAUCGGGUUUGAACAGGUCUCUACGAUGUGUCCACCAGAAAUCGAAGUGGCCUGCCACAACUCGCCCGACUCCUGCACGCUCUCCGGACCUGCAGAUGCUUUGACCGAGUUCGUCGCUCGGUUGACCGCUCAGGGAAUAUUCGCGAAGGAGGUCCCUUGCUCCAACAUCGCGUAUCAUUCUCGAUACAUCGCCGAAGCGGGACCAGGACUUCUAAAAUACUUGAAAGAAGUAAUCAAGACUCCGAGACUCCGCAGCGAGCGCUGGGUGUCGACCUCGGUGCCGCAGGAGCGAUGGGGCGAAGAGAUGACCAAGUAUUCCUCGGCUGAGUACCAUACUAACAACCUUCUGAACUCGGUGCUCUUCGAAGAGACAUCGCAGCUGAUCCCUCGCGACGCGGUGCUGGUGGAGGUGGCCCCGCACGGGCUGCUGCAGGCCAUCCUCAAGCGCGCCAUGCCGACCUGCGCACACGUGCCCCUCACGCGGCGCAAGCACCCAGACAACGCGCGCAUGCUGCUCGAAGCAAUAGGACAGUUAUUCAUGGAAGGAUAUUAUCCGGACAUACGUCACUUGUAUCCAAAAAUGGAGUUCCCUGUCUCCACGGGCACUCCUCACCUGUCUCCUUUAGUGGAAUGGGUUCACCAGGAGAAAUGGCAUUUGGCGCAGUAUGCCAGUGCAGUAAGGAGUUCGGCAGCAACUUGCACUUUCAAGAUAACCCUACAUGAUGACGAGUAUGCUUAUCUACGAGGAAAUCGGGUGGGAGGCAAAACGGUGUUCCCGUUCGCCGCUGCGCUAGUGUGCGCAUGGGACACGCUGGCAAUGGUGGCGGGCGCUCCUCGCCGAGUGGCGUCCGUCACAUUCGACCAGGUGGAGCUCUACUCGCAGCCUAUACUGCACGACUCGCGACUGCUGCGCCUCACCGUUGCACUGCAUCGUGGGACCGGCCGCUUUGAGAUUGACGACGGUAUCACAAAAGUGGCUUCAGGUUACAUCAGGUUGAAGAAAACUGUUCUAUCAAAUAUGACUGAUAGUGAACAAGAUUCAAAGGAAGACAUUAAAUUUGGAACGAAGGAAAUUUAUCAAAUUUUGAAUGAGAAAGGCCACAUGUACCGAGACGAAUUUCGGGGCAUACGCGAAGCAAACGCGUCCAUCACGGACGGCCUCGUGACCUGGACGGGUCGCUGGGAAUCAUUCCUCGACUCACUUCUACAGUUGAACGCGCUUCAGCACUACACGCUCAACCACAACGCACGCGAGCGCGUACAGCCUUCCUUUAUACGCGAGAUCACUAUCGACGCAGACCUCGCUAAAACAGUACAAGUGGACACUGAUAUGAAGGGUGCAGAAACUGUAAACGUGUUGGAAAAUGGAAAAGCGCAGACAAAUGGAAAAACACUGGCACACAAAAAACCUUCGGCAAACGGAAACAUGCUGGAAAAUGGAAAAGCGCUGAAAAAUGGAAAAGCGUUGAAAAAUGGAAACAAUUUGGAGAAUGAGAACUUAUUGGGAAAUGGAGACGUUGAAAAUGUCCAAUCUUUGCAAUUUGUCAACGCGUUACAAGAUGACCGCAUAUCGGUUCACUUCGCUGGUCUGAAUGCUAGAGAUCUUCAAACAAAAGGGGUGCUUAAAGAUAAUACCAGUGAGGGUGGUUAUGGAAUGGAUUUCAGUGGAAUCGACAAAAAUGGGUCUCGAGUGAUGGGCCUGCUUCCCGGCGGCGCGUCGCGCCCGUCAGUGCGCGUGCGGCGGGAGCUCCUGUGGCCGGUGCCGGCGCACUGGAGUCUCGAGGACGCCGCCUCCGUGCCUUUCGCCUACUCACACGCGCUCUACUGCCUUGCCAUCAGAACGCAGCUGGCUCCGCGCUCGACGGUGCUGGUCGGGCACGGCGCGGGCGCCACGGGGCUCGCCAUCAUAGCGCUGGCGCUGCACUGCGAGUGCCGAGUGUUUGUCGUCGUCGGCGGUGUCGACAAACGGCGGUUUUUGCUGAAAACAUUCCCGAAACUUAACGCUGAUGAUAUCAUAUGCUGCCGAAACGACAACUUUGUGGAGCGUGUGAUGCCAGCUACGAAUGGACGAGGUUGUGACUAUAUCAUAUGUGGGAGAGGAGAUUACAAGGAUAGACUCCAAUAUUUGCUGGCGGAAGGCAUCACCGGCGGCUGGGUGCGGCCGCUACCGCGCGUGACUUAUGACGCACACGAGCCGGCGCGCGCGCUGCGCAUGCUUGCGCGCGGCGCGCGAGGCCGCGUGCUCCUGCGCGUGCAAGAUAUCGCGUCGCAGCCUGAGGCCAGGCUGAGUUGUGGCGGAUGUCAGCUACUGGUGUCCGACGAUGAAGGCCUAGCCCUGCGCCUGGCCGGGCGCCUGCUGCGUCGCGGCGCCCGCGCACUGCACAUCCAGCUCCCCCGCUCCUCGCCUCGCCUCAACCUUGCUAUACAAUUCUGGCGAAAGGUAGGCGUGCAUGUUGGAAUAUCGUCAGAAGACCUGGAACAGAAGGAGUGUGCAUCAAAUCUACUGAAACAAAGCUUAGCCUUGGGUCCGGUAGAGGGCGUGUUUGUCGUGAUGACCAAACAGACUCAUCGAUCACAAUGUGCUUACAGCUCGCUAUUGGCUGAGUUGGACGCAAAAACUAGGCAGCAUUCUCCAUAUUUGAAGUACUUUGCAGUGAUCGGUGUUAAUACAUCUCUAGGAGAGAAAUUCUGUAUUUCACGGGCAGGAGAUGGGUUACCAGCAACCAUGCUUUCCAUAUCGACGAACAAAAAGGAUCAAGUAGACAUUACGGAGAUAUUGCCAGCGAGUUACGAAGACAUAGUUGAUGCCACGGAGCAGGCUUUGCAGGCUAACAAGCCUGUUGUAUUUGCUCAUUCCUCUCCGGAGCGCCAAGACUCCCUGUUACGACAAAUAGAAGAAAUUGCUGGUAUCAUCAUAUCAGAAUAUACAAUCGACGGGCAAUCAUUGCUAGAUUUGGGCUUAGCCGUUGAUAAAGUGCAAGUGCUAUGGUCUUAUUUAAAAGACAAGCUAAAUAUUACCAUCUCUGAAGAAGAAAUACCAUUGCUGACUGUCAGAGAGAUACGAGAAAUUGAGAGGAAUAUCAAGGAAUCAGAUCACGCGUGUGUACAAGGCUUGAGUGUAUUCUUCCCGUUUGUUGAUUCUGACGAGCUGUAUGCCACGAUAGACGACGUAAUGAUGCCUACCCUCACGCAGAGCAGCGAUAUGCGAGACGACGAGUUCGACGCGUCGGUAGCUUGUCUGUACAUAGUACCAGGACUACAAGGCCUUCACCAGCGGUACAGCACACUAUGUGAGCGCCUACAACUGGCGGCUGUCGUGCUGCAGCCCGGACUCGACCAGCCUAAUGAGUCUCUACAGGAGAUCACGGCGAGAUACGUCAAGACAUUCCUAAAGAAAAAAGCCGCCACAAAUCAAUUUUACUUGUUGGGUCACGAGAUAGGCGUACUGUCAGCACUGGAGAUGGCUGCUUCACUAGAAGAUCUCGGUAUGACAGGCACAGUGUUCUGCCUGGGCGGCGGUCCAGACGAGUUCGUGGCCGAGCUGGAGCGGCAGCUGCGCGUGGCGUGCGGCGACGACACGGAGGCGACACUGCAGGAGGAGGUGGCGCGACACAUGUGCGCGCUCAUGGGCGUCGCGUCGCCGGAACUCGACGCGGCGUUGCGCGGCGCGCAAACGUGGCCACUGAAGGUGGAUGCAAGCGUGCGCGCGCUACACGGGCGCGUAAGUUACUCCAUGCAGUACGCGCGAUUGCUCAUAGAGGCGGCCUACGCGCGCGUGACGCUCGCGCGGCGGCGCGCGCCCCCCGCGCCCCGCGCGCUGCGCUCGCGCGUGGUGCUGCUGCGCUCGCCCGGCGCGCCGGCCGCGCCCCGCCUGCAGCAAUACUCGCAAGAGCCUCUGGUCGUGCACGAUCUGAGCGCGCCGUUGCCGCACGCGGCCGACGACCUCCGCGCCGCCGCCAUUAUCAACCGCUAUCUCGACGAAGACACGAAGAAGUACUUCGCUAACAAAAAUCUAUGUCACACGUAUUUGCUAAAUCGUAAUUGUUUCUUUGAAUCGAACUAA